AUGCCUUAUUUCAAAACAUCCCAAGAAUGGCUCGACCAGUCAAAACUUCUACUCGAAGCCAGACCAUCAACCACUCGCAUAACAACUCGCUACUCUAUCAAGCCUGUCAAACCUCGCAGUAGCGACCGAGACUCAUCGACAGAUCAGACAGCAGCAGCAAAGCCACCACGCGGCAGCCUGGUCCUGAAGACGUACGACCCGGCAGGAGGCGUGGUGCUGAAAUACCGCACCAACAAAGCUGCUGAGGUGUCCCGCCUCAUACAGUCUUGCCUCGGCAGCCUGGGUAGGAGCAUGGCUGCCCUGCCGCCCGUUGAUGAGACCAUGACGGAUGCGCCGUCGGCGCAGGAGGCUGUUGCUGAUGCUGCUGCCGUUGCUACCGCUCCCGCCGCCACUGCUGGGUCUGCGACUGGUGGUGGGAAACCUGCACAGGGUGGUGGUAAGAAGAAGAAGGGGAGGAAAUAA